AUGCCAAAGGCAAAGUCUGCCAAGAAGGGGAAGAAGGGAUCGAAGAAAGCGCCGAAGGCAAAGGCAGCCCCGGCACAAGUAGCCGAGAAGGAGUCUGAGUCUGCGGAAGAAGAGCAGGCCGAGGGAGCGGAGGAGGAGGCCGCGGAGGAGGCCGUUGAGACGGUAGAGGCACCCGUCCAUGGAAAUGCGCUUGGACUGAUGUCCAAGUCGAAAAUCCUUGAGCCCAGACGGCGAGCUGCCGGCGAGCAAUUUGAGCCUCGCCGUCCGAAUGAUCCCAGAUGGUCUGCACAGCAUGGCGAUCUUCGUUCAGAUUUGGGACCUAUCUUUCCCUUGGUCAACCUCUCCUACCCAGAAGGACUUGCCGCGGUGCAAUGCCAAGAGGACGGUAGCGGCGUCGCCAGCUACCCUUCAGGCAAGAAGGCGGUUUGCGUGUCAUCGCACCAUCAAUCGAGACGUUUCAGUGCCCUUGCUUAUGCACGCUCCGUCUUCAGCGUCAAGACUGCUGUCUCGGAGUCUUCUCCACAUUUCCGUUCUGCCAGCCCUGAAGACCCCAAGCGCGAUCGCGGUCGCACGAGACUUCUCGGGGCAAUGGAUGAAUGGGGCAUAGGCCUCUUUGAGUCUCCACCGGAUGGAACGGGUUGUCGAGGCUCCUACGAAGUGACGCCAACCCAUGUCAUUGUGAUCACAUCUGGGCCGAACGGUUCUAAAACUCGCAUGAGCCGUGCGGCACUGGCAGGGGACAUGACCUCGCUUGAUCCAUUAAGCUUGCGCCUUUGCCCAGAACUUGUGGUCACAUACAACCCAGCAAGUGGAACGACUUCACUGGAUUUCAACUCCGGAGGUGUAAGCUACACCUUCUAUGUUGGUGAAGUCUGGAAGCUCUCCUCCCGCGGAUAUGGAUUGCCAGCCGCCACGAAUCCUCUAGAGAUUAAUGGCGCGAUCAAUCUGUCUUCGCAGGCUUCUCUCGAUACUUCAUGCGUGAUCAUGACAGAAAGCACGAGCUUACUUGACAAGACGCUCAAGAAUAGCAGUUCUUGUCUGAGUACAACUGCUACAAGUCUGCAUGAAACUUCGGCCCCAGCCGCAAAGCUCAAGAAGUCCGCGUCUGAAGGAACCAUGAGGCUUCCGCUGGAGGCAUUCAAGCAGUUUGCAGAAGGGCGCAUUGACUUCACACAUGACCACCUUCUCAAGCAGAAUUUGGCGAACAAGGUCCAUCCAAAACUUGGAAGGCUGCCUAUUAACAAGGCUCUGAAAGAAGGCUUUCUGUGGCCUCAGCCACACCCAGGAAAGCCCUACUCGGAACCCGUGGUUCUGAACCCGCCAGCUUCCUUACAGUACAUCCAAUGCCAUGAAGUGGAAAGCCGAGCCGGGAGCCUUGAGGGUGGCCAGCUGAUGGUCGUGCUGGUGGUGGCCAGCUGGGCUCGCAAGUCUCAGUACAGUUCCAGCUCCCAUGCCCACGUCAUGGCCGAAGGUGCCUGGUCUGAGCUGAAGGCAGCCGGAGACAACGUGCUCUUCUUCGUAACAGACUUGGCAGAAGCUGGUGCCAUUCAUUCAGCUGGCAAAAAUACGAAUCCCUUGGUCACAAACUAUGGUGUUCGGGAAGCUCCCUGGCUCCUGAUGUUUGCGCGAGGUGAGCUGGUGUUCAGCGAGAACCCAACAGGACCUCGGAACGGAGGGAUCGGCUUCGCAUCCCGUUUGCGAUAUAUGGCAUUUUCGAAGCCUCGUGUGCUUGUACUGGAGCCAGCGCCAUCAGCAUCCUCCAUGCAGAGUGCUGCCGCUACCGCUGUCGCCGAGUCAACCAAAGCCAUUAACAACUUCCAGCUGCAGCUUCAGACGCAGGAGGUCUUGAAACGGGCCCAUUUCGACUUCGACUUGGCAGUCAGCACUGUGGACGCGAUGAGAAUGGCUUUGACGGUGCAGCCGGCGUAUGGGAUCCUUCUCUGCAGCUCGGAAGUAGGUCCGACGGCCUUCUCGGAGCUCGCAUCGCGACUCAGGGAGCGGAACCCGAAGUCGCUUGGAUUCAUUUGUCAUGACAUGAAGUGCCUGGGGCCUUUGGAUGACUCCAUGCAGAUGCUUCUCAAGCCCCGAAGAACCAAAGCGAACCGCCUGAAAGAGGCCCUGGAGGAGGAGGAGGAGGAAGAGGAGAAGGAGCCCAAGGGCGUGGUUUACCUGGGCCACAUUCCAAACGGCUUCUUCGAGCCGCAGAUGAGAAAGUACUUCUCCCAGUUCGGCCACGUCACGCGCUUGCGCCUGUCGCGCUCCAAGAAGACCGGGGGCUCAAAGGGCUACGCCUUCAUCGAGUUCAAAGAGGAGAGUGUGGCCAAGAUUGUGGCAUCUACCAUGAACAAGUACCUUCUGUUUGACAAGUCCCUUGUGUGUGAGUUCCUGCCCAAAGAGAAGUGUCACAAGAAGCUCUUCGCUGGCUGGCGAAGAAUACCGAAGGACACUCGAAAAGAGAGGCGAGAGAAGGAAGUCAUACAAGACAACGACCGACCAAUGGUUGAGGUCAACGGCGUGUCCAUUCCGCAGCUCACAGAGCAGCAGGCAAGCAGGCAGCAGCGACAAAAGCGAAAGCUCAAGGAGAAGCUGGCCAGCCUCGAGGUGGACUUUGAUUUAGACGAAGUUCUCAACCAAGGAGGCACGGCCGACGAUGAGGCAGAAGAGGAUGCAAAGGAGGAGAAGGAGCCUGCCAAGAAGCGUCCCAAGAAAAAGCCGAGGAAGCAGGCGGCUGCAUAG